CACCCCUCCUAAUUAAAUUAUGUUGCAAAAGCCGAGGAAGGCUGAACGAAACAUGAAAAUCCGUUCUUCUGACGUCUCGUGGCUAUAUUUAUAACUCCUCCUUUUAGAUCCCCUCCAACAAUUGUCCCCUAGCUGCAAUAACUCCGUGAAUACAAGUUCGAGGAAUAAAGACACAAGUAUUUAAAUGGGACAUGCCGAAAAACACAGCAAAUGUUAGACAAACAAAAAAUUAAUCAACAUAAAGUGAUUAAUUUCUGCUGAUAAUGAUGAAAACAAUUUAAUGGUCAUAGAUCACUAUUGUACACUUCUUAAAAACUAACUGAAAAGCCGGCCAAAAUGAUAGGCAAUUGCGAAAGGAUUGUUACCACUUUUUUUGUGACCCUUGGUUGCCUAUUUUCCUUUGCGGUGGCUCUAACAACCGAUGUCGGAAGUGAUGGAAAUGCUGUGAGUGUUGGCGGCUCAACUCUUAAUAAUGCCAUUAGCGAGGACCCAGAAUUUACGGAUGUCAUCGAGAAUAUUACGGUUCCCGCGGGUCGCAAUGUUAAACUGGCUUGUUCCGUCAAGAAUCUAGGCUCUUAUAAGGUGGCGUGGAUGCAUUUCGAGCAAUCGGCCAUUCUCACCGUGCACAACCAUGUGAUAACCCGUAAUCCGAGGAUUAGUGUAACUCACGAUAAGCACGACAAGCAUCGCACCUGGUUCCUGCAUAUCAACAAUGUCCAGGAGGAGGACAAGGGCCGGUACAUGUGCCAGAUAAAUACGGUGACGGCCAAGACCCAAUACGGAUUCGUUAAAGUUGUUGUACCUCCCAAUAUAGAUGACGCCCUGACCUCCAGUGACGUAAUAGUUCGCGAGGGCGAUAACGUGACUCUGCGCUGCAAGGCGAAAGGCAGCCCCGAGCCAAGCAUUAAAUGGAAGCGAGACGAUGGGAACAGAAUCGUAAUCAACAAAACGCUCGAAGUGAGUGAUUUAGAGACGGACUCCCUGGAACUGGAGAGGAUAUCGCGUCUGCAUAUGGGGGCCUACCUCUGCAUCGCCUCCAAUGGAGUGCCACCCAGUGUUUCCAAGAGGAUCAAAGUCAGCGUUGAUUUUUCUCCCAUGGUCUGGAUACCCCAUCAGCUGGUGGGCAUACCAAUUAGCUUCAACAUUACCUUAGAAUGCUUUAUCGAGGCGAAUCCGACUUCCUUAAACUACUGGACCCGCGAAAAUGAACAAAUGAUAACAGAAUCGUCCAAGUAUAAAACUGAAACGAUUCCGGGCCAUCCGUCAUACAAGGCAACCAUGCGUCUGACAAUUACGAAUGUGCAGGCCAGCGAUUAUGGAAACUACAAGUGCGUCGCCAAAAAUCCUCGUGGCGACAUGGAUGGGAAUAUAAAGUUAUACAUGUCAAAUCCACCAACCACACAGCCACCGCCCACAACCACAACGCUGCGGAGGACGACGACGACCGCGGUAAACACGGAUGGCUACAACCACACACCCCUCAAUGGCGAAAGUCCAACAAAUUCCGUGAUUGUGAUUGACAAAAUGGGUAUUAAAUAUCAAUCGAAUCUGAACGAGAUUGGCAAAUCGGAGCAGAAACUCACAGGCACCAAUCCCAAGGGCUAUGACUGGUCCAAGGGCAAGGACAGUGGCAGCCCCGGACUCCUCACACACCUAGACCUAGGGUCGAAGGUCACUUGCUGGCUUCUGGCACUUCUGUUGCUGAUGCUGCCAAAUCGCUUCCACGACUAGGGAAUCGCAUAACAGUCUUAUUAAUGAAGUGCCAUUAAAUCAACUCGAGUAGAAAAUGAAAAUUGAGCCAGACACACUAAAGCAAAUGAUAAGCCCAGCAAAUAAAUACAUUUCUGUAGGUACUUAAUUAAACAAAUUGCACACACACCAGGGAUGUUUCAUGUUUUUGUUGUAGCCUUAUUUUACACGCAAAUACCCGCAAAAUAUGAUAUUACAAAAAAAAAAUAGUUCAAACAAAUAAAACAGUAAAUUAAUCAAGCGCCAAAAUUGAUUUAAAAGUCGAAUAUUAUUUCAAUUUUCACGCAAAAUUUGUUGAAUGCUCCGCUGCACUAUUGUCUGAUUUGCUCUUUUUUUGAUUUUGUUAUACUAUUUUCCAUUAACUGAUUGAACUAAACAAACAUUUGAUUCAUAUUGAUUCGAUAGAGUAUGCCGAGUACGCCGUCAAUGGGAAAAAUUGUGGCAACGGCUGGUGGGCAGACCAGAAAACACUCACACACAUCCUGGUUAGUUAGUCAAAACAAAAAUUCAAUUUAAAACAACAAGUGGGAUAAACAUACAUUUUAAAUGUUGCCAAAUUGUUGGAAACAAUGCAAAAAAACGCACUGCAAUCACACAAAUUGUAAAUAUACUAAAGCAUCUACAUACAACCGUGAAAAUAAAAGCAAAUGCAAUUGUAAAUUAUGUACUCGUUAUAGGCAAUACAAAUAGCAGCUCAUUUGUUUGGCCAACAUAAUAUAGAGAGAGGGCUCCAAAGAAUAUGAAAAUUAAAUUAAUGCCAGUAUUAGCCCAAAGAGCAGGAACGUAAAUAGCAUUAAUCAAAAGAUAUACAUAAAAAACAAGAAAAAAUUAAACAAUGCAAACACAAGUACUUAUAAAGCGCAAGCUGUUAAUGAAUAUUUUAGAUAGUUGGCGAGUUCGAUUGUUUUACAUACGAAGCAUAACAUAUAUAUUUAUAUCCAUUCACCAUAAGCCCAACUAAACCAGAAGCUAAACUAAGUACGUCUAACCUAUACACAUACUCAAUUAAAUCUAAAUACUUAUAUCAUAGGCUUUAGUUUGUGUUUCUUACCGAUAAGAGUGAUAAUGUACAUUGAAUGAAUCGAUUCUCAAGUGAGCAAACUGCAAAGGAAACAAAUAAAAGAUCUGUUUGGGAUUGCUUCGUA